UCUAUCUCUCUCUCGCCCUCUCUCUCCUCCCCUCGAGAUAAAGCCACACAGCUUUGGUUGGAGGACGAAGAAAAACAGGGAUUUUGCAAGCGGGGAAUUGGCCAAAUUAAACGUAAUCAUGCUGUUGUUAUAUCACUCUCACAUCUGGCCCCAGGGUGAUUGGCCGGGGCACCUCCGCCGUGCCUGCUGUCUGCGCGGUCAACCCGGGGGUAACAGGAAGCGCGUUGCGGUCCGUCGAUCCAGUGCGCACUAACCAUGCCUCCGGCACGGCCCGGAGCACCAAACUUUCACCAACAACGCCCGGAAGUCUGUAGGAUCUCGACGGCACUGAAGGUGUUGGAGGGACUGAAGAAUAGAGGAGGCUUUCAACAAGUUGUCCCGUUGCUGUAAGUGCUGCUGAAGAACGGCUGCUCUGGUACCCUACUGCUCAUUCUGGUGACUGAGCCUCCCAUCUAUACAUCUGUGUGUGUGUGAUUGUCUUAUCCUGGGUUCCCACGGCUUUGCACUGGCUGAACUGCAGCCAUGGAGGUGGCGCUGGUAGACUUUGAGAGCCUAGUAGACCUCAACGGGAGCUUUGAGGAUGAGGUGGACACCUAUGCUGAUGAGACCACAGCUCUUACCGUGGAUAUGCCCCCAGAGCACACCAGCCCGGGCAGCAACUACCUUCUGCGAACCUCUCAACUGUCCUCUACGCCCUCCCACCACAGUCAUGUGCCCUCCUGCAUGUGGGAGUCCACCUCAUCUUCACCCGCUCCACAUACACAGACACUGGAAGUACCCCAGUCCCCAACCAUGCCAACUCCAAGCAGACAGGGGCGCAGUAGCUGUGCCAGUAUGAUCUCCAAUUGGAAAUUGCUGCUAAACAGUGAGGGCACUAAGGAGAGUGAGACAAUCUUCAGCCGGCUUGCAAAGGAGUGCUGUGAGGAUCUGUUUGUAGAUAAACGAGGUUUAGAUGAUGGAGACCAGAAAGUCAUCAUCAACAUUGCCGGCCUUCGUUUUGAGACACAGCUUAAAACUUUGGACCAGUUUCCUGAGACUCUUCUAGGAGAUCCUUUGAAAAGGAUGGACUACUUUGAUCCAAUGAGGAACGAGUACUUCUUUGAUCGGAACCGACCCAGCUUUGACGGGAUCUUGUAUUACUACCAGUCAGGGGGUAAGGUCAGACGUCCAGCUAACGUUCCCCUGGAUGUGUUUGCAGAUGAAAUUGUGUUCUAUGAGCUUGGAAGUGACGCCAUGGAGCAGUUCAGAGAAGAUGAAGGAUUCAUAAAGGAUGUUGAGAUCCCUCUACCUGAUAAUGACAUGUACAGGCAAUUCUGGCUGCUGUUCGAGUACCCAGAAAGCUCAAAUGCAGCCCGAGGUGUAGCACUGGUGUCUGUUUUUGUUAUUGUCAUAUCCAUCAUUAUUUUCUGCAUGGAAACACUGCCAGAAUUCAGAGAUGAAAGUGACCCAGUUGUGCCCACAGCGGUACAGCCUUUCAACCAAUCUAGCGUUUACACUUCUGUGGCUCCAUCUGGCGUAAAGCCAACAACUUUCUCUGAUCCCUUUUUCAUCAUUGAGACUGCCUGCAUUGCAUGGUUCUUCUUUGAGCUGUGUGUGAGAUUUUUGGUCUGUCCAAGCAAAAAGGAAUUUUUCCACAAUCUCAUGAACACGAUUGACAUUAUAUCUAUCAUCCCUUAUUUUGUUACUGUAGUUACAGAAAUUGUCUCAACACCGCAAGAGAACUCAGGACAGAACAUGUCUUUGGCCAUUCUGCGUAUCAUCCGUCUGGUCAGGGUGUUUCGUAUAUUCAAACUCUCACGUCACUCCAAGGGCCUGCAGAUCCUGGGACAGACUCUAAAGGCCAGCAUGCGUGAGCUGGGCUUGCUCAUCUUCUUCCUCUUCAUCGGAGUCAUCCUCUUCUCCAGUGCUAUCUACUUUGCUGAGGUAGAUGAACCUAGCACACAGUUCGUCAGCAUACCUGAUGGCUUUUGGUGGGCUGUGGUUACCAUGACCACUGUAGGCUACGGGGACAUGUGUCCAAUUACCAUGGGUGGUAAAAUGGUGGGCACCUUGUGUGCCAUUGCAGGUGUGCUGACCAUUGCUCUGCCUGUUCCCGUCAUUGUUUCCAACUUUAACUACUUCUACCACAGAGAGACGGAAGCAGAGGACAAGUUGCCCUUGGCAGAUGCUGUUGAGCAAGCCAUGAAUGUUGAGACAAGUAACAAAGAGGGUAGCAACACCUCGCUCAAUAAAGCCAAUGGCAUCUGGCAGAGUGACAAAGGGGAAUAACUGUGGAAGGACAGGAGGAGGAGAGACUUUGCCACAGGAAAGCCAGCAGGAAAGACAUAACAAAGAAGAAGAGAGUAUGGAGAAAAUUAACUGUUAUGAUUUCCGUCAACCAAUCUUAAUGGUACUGGUGAGAUAAAAUGUUUGCACCUAGUGAAAAAUUUGUUUUAUAUGGAUAUACAGGAUAUGCUGUACUUACCUCUUUUGUGUCUAAUAUGAAAAUUACAUUGAAAAUAACAAUAGACAAGCGGGAGAAUUUAUUCAGUUCAUGUUCAGAAUUGUAUGUCAACAUAUUUCAAGUCUACUUUGUGUUAGGACUCUUUCUUUAGUUGAGUAGAAAUAUAAUAAAUCUUCAUUAUUAUAGUUCAGCAGUACAUUAUAAGGAUUUCUUUAUAAUUUUGGUCAUAUUUUUAUUGUCUCGGUCAUUAAUCCUAUAGCAUAUAACAUUUUGCACACCAGCUUCACUGUUGACCAUUUUGGCCACAAAUACCUAAAGAGUAACUAAAGCCAAAAAUCACAUUUGUCUGCUGAAGACAUACUGUUGAUUGAUUCAAAUUUACGUUCACAUUUUAGUGUAAAGUAUUUGAAUUCUACAUAUUUUCUCUGGAGUGUUUAGUCGCUAGUUUAGCUAAUGUUACACAACCUCACAAAAACUUUUACAACGGCUAUAAAUGGACUUCUGGUGACUGUCAAAGCUCCAGCGCAGACAUGGAGAGUCUGAUUCCAGACGCUGGUUUAGUUAACGUAGCUUUGCUAACUUUGAAGAACAUCGUAAAUGUUCUUCUAGUGACUGUAAUAGCUCCAGCAGACUCCCUGUGUUUCCAGGGCGGACAUGGAGAGUCUGACAGCAGCUGCUCAUGGCUUGUUAUCUCUGACUACCUGCAGCUGUACUCCUGCUAUUGAGAAUGGUGGGCGGUGUUACUUUCCACGUCGCACAAUAUGUAGCCACAUGGCCCCACCCCGCUAUUUAAGUCAAGGAUAUACAAAUUAUAUCCCAUUUUGGGAUGGAGAAAGCUAUAAGAAUUUAGGGGUUUAGUUACACUUUAAAAGUGUUAUGGGGCCAUAAAACAUGGGUCUUAGACAGAUUUAAUUCUGCAGAUAACAAAAAUCUGAACAGAUAGGAAUGAAGGCCAAGCCUACACGUACGACCAAGGUUGUAAAGAAAUAACAUAAACAAAAGCAUAAUAAAUCCCAAACACAAUUUUCCUGUAAGUGUUGUAUAUGAGUCAAAUGUGUAUAGUCUCUAGAUUAUGACCCUACUGUAUUUAUUUAUUUAAAAAUGUAUCAUGACUCUAUUGUAUUUAUUCAUUCUCUUUGAUCAGUAGCGUGGGUAAGAAUCCUCCACUAUUGUUAGCAGUCUAACUGACUCCACACUGUGUAUUAUAAUGGAGUGCCUUAAGUUAUAUAAUGUUGGGAUACUGUUGAAUUUGCCAUACAUAAUCUUACAGUAAUACCUAUGUUUAUCAUGCAUAUAUGCUCAGUAUUUUUUAUUUCAGCUUGGUUGAAAAUGUAGAAAUUGUAAUCUCUCUCCAUUCUAGCAUUUGUUUGUGAGCAUUAUUUACCAACAAAGAAAUGCAUUCCGACCUGAAAUACAAUUUGAUGUAUAGUGGAUUAUGAGGUAGUUACUAUCCUUCAAAAUGUUUGGGUUUCAUGUUUUAAACGUCAUUAUUUUUGUCAACUAGUGGAUAUCUUAUUGAGGAAGUAAACCUUUCAGUCACACUUUGAUCAGAAAAACAUGGGGAAAGUGAAAGAAGCCAAAGAUAAUUGCUGAAUAAAGGGAAUAAAGGGAACUUGUUACAGGGUCAUGAGACAUUAUAGGCCAAAAUGUCCCAUGAUAUUUUGGAGGAGUAAUUGUAAAUUAUGCUGUAUCAGUGUAAUGUUCUGGUGGUAAGUUAGAGAGUAUUUCUUUUAAAAUAUGUUUUCCUCUUAUAAAAGAAAUCUUGGAAAGAACAAUAAGUGACUUGUUAAUUGAGAUCCAGGAAUAUGACAUUAUCUCAAAAUAACUUUAGACUUUAGUCUGAAUUUCUGGUUGAGCAUAUGAUCAAGCUAAUAUUAUAUUUAUGUGUUUUCUGUGUGUUUGACCAUCAGCUUCAUGGUGAUGAUGAUUAUACAGUAUGAUGUCAAUUUUUAUGAUAUAGUCAGUACCUCGUCUGUAUAGUCACUGUUGUAUAAUGAGUUCAGAGACAGACCGGCCUGUAACCUGUAACGUCAGGGCUACAGCAGUCCAAGGUUUAUUACACCAACAAGACCAUUACACUGUAUUUGUAUGUAUGAUAACAUUUCAGUAUGCAAUUUACUGUAAUGGAUGCAAUAUAUUCUGGGAUUUUAAA